AUGCAAGACUCACGCAGUUUUGCCCAAGUGGUCGCCGAAGGGGCCUCCAUGAAACCCGCCGAGGUGGAUGUCGCUACCACCAUCAGCGGUGUCCGAGUUGGCAUGAACACCACGGCGGAAACGACGGUGCCGACGGGUGCCCCAACCGACUCCGUCCCUCUUGGGGGUGCGGGCCCCUUGCCGAUAGUCCGACUCCCCGGCGGAGAGAGUUACGCGGACGCCGUCAAGUCACGGAGCGUGAAAUUGAAUGGUGUCCCGGUGAGUGCUGGGAAAGUCCUUGGCUAUGUGGAGUCACUGACGAACUCGACGUUGCAGGAGCAGGAGUCCGUGCUCUCCUCCUGGGCGGACGAUGACCAGUGCUUCUUUGACUCCAUACGCAUCGCGCAUGAAGCAGCCAAGAAGGAUGGGGUGGAGCAGCCGCAGCAGGGGAGAGAUAUCGACCAGAGCACCGGCAGUUUCAGGCAAAGACGGGGUAGAAGGGGAUGGAGGUUCAUUGGUGUCAGCGAGGGCAGCAGGAACUCCGGCAGGCGACGCAGGGGAUACAACAACAACAACAAUAAUAAUAACUGA